AUGAAUUGCAUCACUUUAAAUGUGCGAGGUUUGGGGGAAGACCACAAGGUGAAUUGGAUUCUACGACUCAAGAAUAGGCACAAAAUCUCGUUCUUUGGGAUUCAACAGACCCAAAUGUCAAAUGCAGAGGACAUCAACGUUGCUUGGUGUUGGGGAUCCAACGAGUUUGAGCAUGAUGGAGUAAAUACGGUUGGAAGAUCGGGAGGCCUACUCAGUAUUUGGGAUAAGAAGCUCUUUUCGGUUUUUGACAUUAUCAAAACUCGAUACUUUAUUAUUGUUUCGGGAAAUUGGUCUGGCAUUUCAUCCCCGGUCAAUUUUGAUAAUAUUUAUGGUCCUCAGCAAGUCUCUGACAAAGCUAAAUUGUGGGAUGACUUGCUUACAAUUAAAGAUAACAAAGCUAGAGCUUGGGUUUUCUUAGGUAAUUUCAAUGCAGUGCGGAGGCCAGACGAAAGAAUGUACUCUCAAUUCUGUUCAAUCACGACAGUGGGAUUCAAUAAUUUCAUUGCUGAGGCAGGUCUCAUUGACUUAAAAAUGGGAGAUAAGGAAUUACCCGAUCAUUCUCCGGUCCUUCUCUCAUCAGCGGUGAUGGAUUUCGGUCCAUCUCCGUUCAGAUUUUCUAACUCUUGGAUGAUUAUCUCAGCUUGUGCCAAUUUCAAGGGGUAUGGGUGUUCAGACUCAUUUUUCGCUACCAAACUCAGGUACUUGAAAAAGGCAAUUAAAGACUGGAGUAGGAAAGAGUUUGGGAAAGAACAGCAGAAUCUUAAUCAAAUUAAAAACAGAGUGAAGGAACUUGACACUUUUGCUGAGACUAGACCAUUAACUGAGGCUGAAUUUGGAGAGCGGAGAGAAGGAUUCUAA